AAACUCAGCUGGUGUAAAUCAGCAUCACACCAUUUAAAGUGCUGAUUUACACUGGCUGAGUUUUGGCCCUUUUCGACAGAGCCUUAGCAAUUCAGGGUUUGCCCUGGCACAUGUCAAGAUGCCAGCUGUAAGGGAAAGCCUAGAAGGAAUCACAACCACACCUACAGGGAAUGUAAUUUACCUUGUGUUUCUUCUUGUGUUGAAACUUAGGAAAAAUAGGAAUAUCUGUGUUUGGAUAGUUAUUUUUUCCUUUCACCCAUUGACUCUAUUAAACAUUUUUAAAUGCUCUGAUGUAGCUUCUUGGAAUAAAAGCUUAUUUGUGUUGUUUCUGAAGUGUGCUAAUGUGCAGUCUGGUACAAUUUUCUAUUGUUGUGAACACUUUGUCAUUCUGAGACCUGGUAGGCCAGAUCCUUAGCUGGCGUGAAUUGAUAUGAUUCUGUUGACUUCAAAGAAGCUGCACUGAUUGACACUGGAUGAGGAUCUGGUCCUUUUAGUGAAUUUGCUGGGGAGAGGUCCCAGAUCAACAGCAGCCCUGGAGAGCGAAAUCCUCUCCCUCUCCACCAAACAGGUGCAGGGUGGGCAAUCUUCCCCAUAUUACCCUGCCAAGAUGCCUCAAUCCUGCCUUGCAAACACCUUCUCUAGGGCCCAGCCAGUCUUUGGCUUCCCUGCUGAGACUGCCAGUAAAGGUGCCAGCUAUGGUGGUGACUAUUUAAUGUAUCCACUCAGCUGGAAGGAGGACUCUAACUCUGCUCUAAUAGCCCCUCACAGGCCCCAGGGGAUCAGUGCUGGCUUGGACUGGAGCCUGACUGGAUGCAGUUUGAAAGAAGAGCUCUACUAUUAGAUUCUGUGAUGGAAAUGCCAGGCAGGUCCAGUCUUGUGUUUUCUGGUUUCUGUUAGCACUUUCCUUGGAGGACCCCGGGGUAUGGAAUGAGAAUCCCUAGACACAGGGCUAGCACUAGAUUGCUAUCUGCUUCAGCAUCAUCUCCUGCACCGCAAUAGGAAAUGAACCAUUUAAGAAUGACAGCCAUCUAAGAAGGAUACUUCGGGGGAUGCAUCAGUUCAAUAGGGAAGAUUAAAAUAAGCAAGAAAUGGACUUCUAAUCUGGUAGUUACCUAACUCUUAGGGUCUUGCUCCUGCUCCCGCUGAAGUCAAUGGAAAACCUCCCCUACAAGCCAAAGGGAAUUGUAUUCUCCCCUUGAUUACCCCAGGGCAACCUGAAACUCUCAGCAACUUGUUCAGCAUUUUUUGUGCCUGUGAAGACUCUCUGCUGGGAGGAUUAGUCUCAGCAUGUGUUUUUAUUGGUGGAUAAACAGUCUCAUCUCAGGUGUGACCUCUAUCUUCUAUGUUCUUCUCCUACUAGUGCUUUACAUCAAGCUCAGCAGGAAAAUAGACAAUCAUUCCUGUAGCAAUCAGGUGAGCAGCAGCAGCCCUUCUACAAAACCAGAACAACCCAACCCUUGCCAGGCUGCAAAUGAGGUUUUGAAAAGAUCACGCAUCCGGGGUGACAGUGGCACUUCCUCAGACAGCUCUGAGAGCUCAGACAGCAGCCCUUCCACUAGCCAGUGUCCUCGGUCAGAAGAAAGAGUCGAUUACACAUCCCUGGUCUUCCAAGCUACCGGUCGCUGUGCAAGCAGUGCAGGGGACUAUGAGAACAUGAAGAUGGGAGCAGACUAUGUCAACGUGGAUCCCCAAAAAAGGAAAGUGGAUUUCUGGACCUGCUCGAGCCCUGUAUCUUCCAAACCUGUAGAAUAUACUGAAGUGAAAUUGUGAUUAUUGAGAUGCUAUUAACUAAGUUUUCCUUAGGAACAUCAGAAUUGCAACAGCAGGUCAAAUCAGUGAUCCGUCCUUAGUCAGUAUCCUGUAUCCUGUCCCUGCACAUUUCACAUGGGUCACUGUCAACCUGUUCAUACAGGUAUGUUCCUCCUAAUCCUCGUCAAUUAGUGGCUGUCAUGUCAUGAAGCUUUAUAUUCCUUAUAACAUUUUAUUCUGCCUUAUGUAACUGUGCAUGUUCUUGUUAUCCAUACAAAGGUCUCUUCCUUUCUGAAGCCUACGAAGCUCUUGGCUGUGUUGAUACAAUGCAGCAGUGAGUUCCACUGGUUAUUCACAGCUUGUGUAAAAACAGCAUUUCCGUUUGUCAGAGAUAAACAUGCCCUUCCAUUGGCUUCCCCUUGUUCUCGCGUUAGAGGAGGGAGUAAUUAAGAACACCCAAUAAAUAUAAUACGAGGCCAAAUCCUCAGCUAGUGUAAAACCUAAUUCGACUUCAAUGGAGCUACACCAACUGAACUGGCCCUUUGAUUUGACUUGUGUUUUUAUUUGCUUGAUGUCAAUUAAUUAAAAAAACCCAACUUUUAAAA